AGUAUAAAAGGUUUCUCAUCCCAGUUUCCUUCACACGUUGAUCUUCUCCAAAACAGCUCCAUCCUCACUGCUGGAAAGCUCCUCCAGAACUCCAGGAAAAUGUGCUCCCGCGGUUCCUGCCACAGCCACGAGACCUCGUGCCACGAGUCCCGCUCCUCGUGCCACGACUCGGGUGCCUCGUGCCACUACACCAUCCAGAGGCAGCCGGUGCAGAAAUUCAGCUACGUGACGCCCUGCUGUCCCCCGAUGCAGCCCUGCUACACCCCAGUUCAGCGUUAUUGUCCCCCAGUUCAGCCCUGCUACCCCCCGAUGCAGCGUUACUGCCCUCCGGUCUGCCCCCAGCUCACCAAGAACAUCUGCAAGCUGCCGCAGUACCCCAAAUACUGAAAUCAGGAUCUGACCCCGGCAUUGGGAUGCGCCAGAUCGUCCCUGCUUUGGAUGCUCUCCGUGCCUAAGGCUUGAAUUGACGGUUCUUCGUUCCCGUUUUUGAUUUGAUCCUCGAAUUUCUCGUCUGUGAUUAGAAUUCGGUUGCUGUUUUCGCUCCAAUUUGGUUUAAUUUGCUCGGCAGGCAAGACCCAGGUCAGGUUGAUUUACAUAAAGCUGGGAAUGGUUCCUGCUGGUUCCCACACCGUGUGACAGCCUCCAAAACAAUAAAAUUUGAUUUCUAAAAGCAAGAAAAA